CUAACAGUACAGUAGCUAGAGGGUGAAAGAAGAAGUCAGUCAGAUUUUCCGUCAUGGCGAGAAGUCAACAAGCCAGCCAGGAACUCACUCAAGUGUUGAAUGAUCUCUGGCGUCUGGAUACCAAUCGCUUGAAGCCGGGGAGAGAUUACAUCAUCUCGCUGCAGGGAAAGGCCGGGUAUGUGGAGCAGGGCAGCAACUAUGCCAGAGACAGAGCCAGACAUCCGCUCUUCACCUACGUGGACGAGGACAAGCUGAGGAGCAUUGAGACGUACAGCCAUUUCAUCAACCUGCUGGACAACUACGAGGCGUCCACAGGCGUGUCGGAGACCGUCACGUCAGAAGAGCUCCAGGAGAACCAGCUGUUUCUGAGUGCAGUGAUGGAGACUGAGGUCAUGAAGCAUGCUCAUCAGUAUCUGAUCAGGAAAAGGAUGUCGCCAGCCAAUCCGGACCAGUUUCGAAAUCAGCUGUAUAACAUCUGGUUCCGCCUGUACCACAGAGAGAGAGGAGGAGGGGAGGAUUCCAGUGGUUUCGAACACGUGUUUGUUGGAGAAACCAAGGGACAUGAAGUGAUGGGUCUACACAACUGGAUCCAGUUCUACCUGCAGGAGAAACACCAGCAUGUGGACUACAAAGGCUACAAAGCAAGAGGUCACAAAGAAACGCCGGAUGAAGACGACCACGUCCUGAACCUGCAGUUCAGCUGGAAGGGUUUGGUGAAGCCAGUCGGUGGCUCCUUCAUCGGAGUGAGCCCAGAGUUCGAGGUGGCUGUUUUCACCAUCAUCUUCCUCAUGUCUACGGAGAAGAUGACCUCGGUGACGGUGAAGGUGGACGAAUACAUGCUGGAGCUGGUCGUCUACCGCCAUGGACGGUCCAUCGGCACGUCUUUCCCGAAACUGCUCAGCAGCAAUAACAGAGAUUUGUAAUAAUGUUUUCUACUACAGAAGCUAGUUUUUAUGUAUGCACAGCAGGUUGAUAUAUCCAUAAGAUCUGCACUAUUUGUAUCGCUUUAUAAGGCUCAGGUCAGGUUUCUCCUGCACUCUGUAUUCUCCUCAUUCCAUGCCGCCAUGAUGUAGCGAAAAGCAUGAAGGAAUAUGUUGUGAAACUUAGAAAUAUUGAGUUAU